GCUGUAUCCCUUCGUCAUUCAUGUUUGUACCCUCCAUCGAAAACCGUAUCUCACUCCCUCUUCUGCUCUAAUUGCUCACCACACAACACGUUUGCUGGCUCGUGUUGCUGCACGAAAAUUGAACUCCCAGCCAGCCCCGACCAUUCAUGGAUGGACACAGGCCAUCUAGCUCGUUGUAUGACUCUGCCAGCCUCAAUGAGUCUUUACGGCGAAACAAGGCGGUCGUAUGCGCCAUAUCCGCCAGCUAUAUCUCUACGUUUGCGGGAUAUCCGCUGGACUCCCUCAAAUCCAGGUUGCAGACUAUGAGAACACGAAUUUCGGUCCCCAAAUUGGCUCUUUCUGUGUACCGUGAGGAGGGUGUUGCUGGGUUUUAUCGAGGACUCUGGAUCCCAUUGAUGACCAUAUCGUUCGUUCGCGCCGCUUCCUUCACGAUUUACACUCGCACAAAGGAGUACUGUCGAGAUCGCGCUGUGCUCGACGAGAACAGACUAUUGGGUGCCGCAUGUGUGGGAGGUCUGGGUGGUGCUAUGGCAGGCUCUUUGAUUUCUUUCUGCAGUGCACCAUUUGAGCUCGUCAAGAUUCGACGACAACUUGAAUACGCUAUUGCCGAAGCGAAGGGUGUCAGAAUCACAAAACCUCCUGGGACGCUGAGUGCCGUACGAGAGAUCGUGAAAUCGAAUGGCCUGACUGGGCUCUAUUUCGGCUUCCCUCUUCACUUUGUUCGGGAUACUUCGGGCACGGCACUGUAUUUCCUUGAGUAUGACGGGCUCCGACAUCUGUUGGGACGGCUGCCGUCAGGGGAACAGGGACCAACGCCAAACUGGCUUCCUAUCCCUGUUUCACUUGUGCCUUUUGUCUGCGGAUCGUUCAGUGGUGUAACCAGUUGGGCCCUCAUAUACCCCCUUGAUGUGGUAAAAACGAAAGUCCAGCAACGAGCUUUGGCAGGUGAACCUCAUCGAACCAUCCCAACUACGCUAUAUCGGUUGAUCAGAGGACCUGAUCCCGAGAAUCCCAAGGCGUUCUUCGCCGGUGUAGCAAGGAUCUAUCGUGGCCUCGGCGUUAGCGCCCUGCGGAGCGUUACCACGCACGGACUCCUCUGGACUUUCUUCGACCUUACUUCGAAUGCUAUUGACCGUUUACCCCGGAAUGGCGAGAACGACUAGUCUACAGUGAUUCCGAUUCGACACGGCUUUUUGUGAAACCUGGCUUCUGACCUUUACGCGUCGAUGAUACCGUCCGUCGUUCUUAGUCUGGCUCAUGCGUCCUUGCUCACGUUUCGUCCUGCUUCAUGACACGAAAACAUCGCUUCCGUCAUCCGCAUCCAUUCGCCCAAAUUAUUGUCAAGUCUUACUUGCUUUUCUGCAUCAUCAUCGUCGUUCAUCAUCAUCAUCAUCAUCACCACCUAAGCUAUAGAUAUGCCACGCUAGGCGUUGUAACACCCCCUCACUGCACAUUUAUUAAUAUAUCUCCA